UAACCGUAAUUAAAAUGUGUUGAGUGCGUCGUUAAAUAAAACAUUUCUUUCUUUCUUUCUAAUUUCAAUUUAAAUAUGCCCGUUAUUUCGGUACCAACUAUACCCACCGUUUCUGUGCAAUCCCUGCUUUAAACCAAAUAAAAGAAAAAUAUGAAAAGAAAAGAGCCGCAUCAAUUCUGAAACUUUGGUCUGACCAGAGAACGACCUUUUUUCUUUUCCUUUUUUUUUCUUUUUUUUUCUUUUUUUUUUCUUCUUUUUUUUUUGCCUUAUCCAUAUGAAUCCAUCACAAAUAUAAUUAAAUAGAUAUAUGUAUAUUGAAAGUUGAUUUUAUCUUAUUUUAUUAAUAUUUUGCACUGGACCAGUUGUGGACUAACUUGUAUAUAAGCAGACUCGAGUUCUGACUCAUCAGUUUUCUGAGGCCGUUUCCUGUUUCCGAAAAUCGCCGACAUCUGCCGAAAUCAUGAAGAUAGUGCUUCUGAUCACCUUUGCUGUUUGUGUUGCAUUCGCUCAAGAAGAAUGCGGACCAGUGUGCGCUAUGUUCUGUGAAUAUGGGAUGGUGAAGGACGAGAGAGGAUGUCCAGAAUGCAAGUGUAAUCCCCCUCCAGGUGACAAAAGGGAUGAUCAAGAAUGCGGACCAGUGUGCACUAUGUUCUGUGAAUAUGGAAUGGCGAAGGACGAGAGAGGAUGUCCAGAAUGCAAAUGCAAUCCCCCUCCAGGUGACAAAAGGGAUGCUCAAGAAUGCGGACCAGUGUGCACUAUGUUCUGUGAAUAUGGAAUGGCGAAGGACGAGAGAGGAUGUCCAGAAUGCAAAUGCAAUCCCCCUCCAGGUGACAAAAGGGAUGCUCAAGGCUGCGGACCAGUAUGCCUCAAAGAGUGCCCGUUUGGAAAAGUGCUGGAUGAACAAGGAUGCUUCACUUGCCAGUGUUAUGCCAAAAAACCUGACAGUGAAUGCAUAACGUGUAGAAUGCAUUGUGAACAUGGAUUCGUAUACGAAGAAGGAUGUCCCACAUGCGAAUGUAGAGCUAGUGCAGGCUGGUCAAAAUGAAGAUGAGAAAUUGGUGGUUGUUUUACACGUGGCGUGACGUAAUAUAG